CUCUGGCCCUUGGCCGUAGUCCUCACAUCAGUACUACGUAUUUCUUAUAGUAUUGGAUAUAUUGUUCCAAUAAUAACGCUAAUAAUCGUGCUAAAUACAAACUGUUUUCUCAAUAAAUACAGGCUAUCAAAAACAAUAAGAUUACCGCGAUAUCAUGCGAGUAGCGGGAAAUUUGAUAAUUGUUUAUUGCGUUUAAAAGCCAGAGUGUUUUGGAUUUAAACAACAACAACGUCGCCGACAAAGUUCUUACACAGUGAAGUUUUUUGAUUUUAUUUUUAACGUUGCGGCCGUCUCUUACAUUGGGCCUUAAACGUUUUUUCUAAAUUGUUGUUAUUAUUGUUAAUGUAAGCGAUGGCUUAAAAUAAAACGUUCUCUUUUAUUUAUCAGUACAAUAUAAUAUAAUAUAUUAUCUGUACACAUAUAAAUAAAAAAUUUAAUAUCAACAAUAGUGGGGAAAGACGGCAUUGUUGAACAGUGUAUGCUGGUUGUCUUGGCAGCUGUUCUGGUGGCUGACUACGGCAUACUGUAUAGGUAACAGCUAAAGAAAAGCUAAGUGGAACUGAAAAACUCUGGAUUGCACCUUUAUUCGACGCCAUUACAACCGAAUAGCAUUUACCAUCUACCCAGCAUACCAUUCCUAAGUUAAACAAAGUGAAAUGUGCGAAUUUGAAAAUCACAAACUUAACUGAUGAAGGCGUUUCAUUUAUUAGUGUGAAACGUUUUUAGUUUUUAUCUUAUUAUCAUCUGCAAAAUUAAGCAAAUUUAUUAUUUUACUCAAUCAUGCUUUUAUAUUGACUUAAAAUUUUAAAUUUAUUUUAGUUUUGUUUAUUAUUUUAAAAGUGUUUUACAAUUUAUUUAUUAUAUACUCACAACUGUUUGGAUUUGAGUUCAUCUGAAGGAAAUUGAAAUUCAAAGUGUCUGAUUUAGUUAUUGAAACAAGAAAUAAAUUAUUGUCACCUGCAGCAUCAUUUUCAUCUUCAUCAAAAAUGACGGACUUUAUUAGAAAUAAUCUGCGUGAGAACUUGCAUAAUUUAAAGUCUACGGCAAAUCUGCGACUUCCGUCAAUUCAGCCGGCGUCGCAGUUACCUAACAAUAAUAAUAACAACAACAACAAUAACAAUAAUAUCUCGUCCGACGAAGUGGAUAAUCGCGAGUUUCCACGGGCAGAUUACCGCCUGGAGUCUGUGAGACUGCAGAGCUACACCAACUGGCCUCUGAGCUUCAUGGACCCUGCGAAAUUGGCAGCCGCUGGAUUCUACUAUACGGGCCACAAUGACGAUGUCACAUGCUUCGAAUGUGGAAUCAUAAUACGCGAGUGGGUAGAGGGCGACAACCCGAUGUCGGAUCACCAGCGUUGGCAGUCCAAUUGCCGUUUCGUAAGAAAAUUGCCCUGUGGUAACGUGCCGAUUGGUGUUGAUCCAAGUACCGUUCCGUCAGUAAGUCCUAGAGGCCGUGAUGUAUGCGGUCGUUAUGGAGAUGAAUUCCGACCUGGCGCAUCGCCAGACUUUCGUUCUGGCCAGACAGAAUUCCAGUUUCCCAGUACUGCUAAGUUGGGAAGUCAAAACCUCGCCCAGCCCAAAGGACCGGCACAUCCGGAAUUCGCGAGUUACGAUGCCAGAUUAAAAAGUUUUGAGUCAUGGCCCAAAUCUAUGCCACAAACCAAGGACCAACUUGCUGACGCUGGCUUCUACUACACCGGCACUGGCGACCAAACUAUCUGCUAUCACUGUGGCGGUGGGUUGAAUGACUGGGAGCCCAAGGACGAUCCAUGGUUCCAGCACGCCAAGUGGUUCAAAAAGUGCUACUACGUCUUGAUGGUCAAAGGCCAAGACUUCAUCAAAAGCGUCAUUGGUCAGCCUGUCGCACCACCUUCUCAUGAGGAGAUGAUGCAGAUGAAUUUGCCCAGCUACAUUGAAAAAGUAAAGCCACCAGCGAUUAUUGAGAAACCAGAAGAAGACCCAGAGAAGAAACCCAAAGAGAAGGAACCUGAGGAGAAGAAACCAGAGGAAAAGAAACCAGAAGCAGAAGUUGAGCCGGUCAACAAUAGUGCGGAUGACGCCCUUUUGUGCAAGAUUUGCUAUAACUAUGAAUUGGGGGUGGUGUUUCUGCCUUGCACUCACAUGGUGGCUUGUACUAGGUGUGCGGCAAGUAUGACUUCUUGCCCGGUGUGUAGAGAGCCCAUCAAAAUGAUAGCACGCGCUAUAAUACCUUAGUACCUUUACAUUAGCUCUAUACUUUAUAUCCUAAAAUUAUUAUAUAUGUAAAAAUUAAAAAAUUGAAAAUUAAGAUAAUUAAAUUUAAUACUGAUUGAAAUAAUUUGAAAAAAUUAAAUUUAAUUGAAUAAAAUUACCUCGUGACUCAUGACGUCUUGUAUGCGGGUAAAAUUCUAUGCCAAUUUGAAAUAUAAUCUUCUUUUAAUGUAAAGAAAUGAUUAAUAAUACAUAUACGUAAGUAUAAUACUUGCAGUAAUGCAUUGUUCGUAAGAUAAUGAGACAUUACUAAGUCGAAAACCAUUUGCCUUGUAAUAAACGUCUUAUGUAAAGAAUAUAAUUACAAUUAAUAAUUAAAAAAUAAUAAUAUUAAUUAUGAUAAAUUGAAACGUUUAACAUUAAAAUUAUAAAAAUUGAUUUUUUUUUUGAAAUUUUUGUUUUGUGUUUGUUAAUAUUAUUUUUGUAUUUAUGUAUUAAUUUAAAAAAUUAGAUUUUUUUAAUUUUUUUGUUAUUCGUUUAUAUAUAUCUAAGUACCAUAGAAUUGUACCUGCAUAAUGACAUCUAGUCAUGAUAGUAUUACGCGUUACAAAUCCGAAAAAUAAUUAAUUUAUUUUUUUGUCGAAAGUUUUUUCUUUGUUUAAUCGUUUCGAAAUAAUGAAAAAAAUGAAAGUACAUUUCGUUCAUUAUCAUUUGUACAUGUGAUGAUUAUUAUUAAUGUUAUUAUUAUUAUUAUUCCGAAUUCAAUUAGCGUUGAAUAAACUAACCGGAAGCGCCAUAAAUUAAAUGGUAAUUUAAUUAAAAACUUAUGUCAAAAUUAACAGAAGUCAGAUUUCAAUUCCAAUGACAGUUCUUUAAAAAGAAAAACUAAAUAGAAUGUAUAAAGUACAAGAUAUUAAUUAAUAAAAUAAAAUUCAUUUUCUUUAAAAUGUUUAUUUCAAUUUUUAGAAAAUUUUUAAUUGAUUACCUAUUAAGAAAUUACAAUUACAAUAGUAAUAAUAAUAGUGGUAAUAAAAUCACAGUGACUUGAGAUUUUUAUAAUGAGUAACAAACUAACAAAGUGGAUAAUUAUGUCUACGCCAUUGAAAGUUUCGGUUUAACGAUAACCGAUUUAAAAAUAUGAAUUGUGACUCAUGAUAAGAAAUAAACCAGACUAAAACGCGUCAUAACACGUUGAGUUUUCGAAAACAUUAUUAUUGCUAUUUUUAUAAUUAUUUUAAAUUUACAUAAUGUGCAUAUGUGUAUUAUUUCUAUUAUAUAACAUUAUGAAAAAUGUUCCGAUGGCCAAUCCCACAAGCAUCAUAUAAGUUGCCAUUUUAUAAAAUUAAAAUAACACAUGAAAUGUGUAUUGAAGUAAUAUAACUUGCGAUUAAAUUGUUUUGUUAGAACUCUUCUAGCAAUAAGAAAUAGUAAUUCAGAUAAUCUUUUUUUUUAUGAUUAUAUGGGCUUAUCGGGUAAAGAAAGAGAAUAAUGCUUUGUAAUAUAAGAAUUUUCCUCUUAGUUUAAUUUGCAAGUGAUCUAGUAAUUUUAUGUGACUAAUAAUAUUGUAAUAUUUUUUU